AUGCAGAGGGCGAUUCAGAAUCUUCUAGACAUCAGGAGAGGGAAGUAUCCGAACAAAGAAUUCAUUACACCUGAUUGUUCGCAACCCCGGAAUAUCAGCGCUCUACGGAAACAAGAUUGCGCAAUGAGUUACUGCGAAACCUUGACUCUUACCGAUCAUAACACCGGUAAGUUUUUUUACAGGGUCGUCGGGUUAAUCUAACAGUAAUUGAAAUCGUAUUUUAGCCUCUUCUUUCACAAUUCGUGGCUGUGCGGAGAAAUUGGGAGCCGUGGAUGACUCGGUGAUGGAGAAGCGAGGCGACAACACUUGUAAAAAGUAAUAUACUCCAUUAUUUAUACUGAAUAUUACUGAAGAAGCCUUGUAAUGUCAUUAUUUGCAGGCUCCACGAUUCUGUCGACCUCCAGGAAUGUAUUUGUAAAAGCCGAAAAUUCUGUUAUACGGGUCCAAAACGACGGAAUCUCGGCUAUUCCGAGGAGGCAGAAGCCACUUUCUUGGCGCCUCAGGCAAGAUCGAGUGGUGUUGGCGGGAAUCUCAUAUCUUUUGCCAUGAUAUUGUACAUGAUGUUGUUGUUGUUGUAG